AUGCCUCUCAGUCCUGAGGUCAUUGUAGCACUGGUUGCAUUGUUUAUUGCCCUGCCGCCGGCCGUCGCCGUCGUGUGGCAGUGCCGCAGAGCAAGACAACAUCGACACAAAGAGGAAGAAGGGUUUCAUCCUCCCUUGCAACAUCACGAGCUUUUGCAAUUGCCACAACUAGACCGUCGGCCGACCACGAGUCCACAACAAGGGCAUGUUCGGGAGGCAUUGUACAUUGUUGCCUAUCAAGCCAGGGAAUAUAACUCGGAUAUUGUAGAUCCCUUCUUCUCCUUCUUUUUGGGCCUGUCGAAUUUCUUUGUUUGGAACAAGCGUCGUGUAUUUGAAAAAGGUUUACAGCGUGCAAGCCAUGAUAUUUUGAGUAAAGAGGAGCUUUACCUACAUGUGUUCAUCCCAUCUCUGAGGCAUCCCCGAGCAUCUCAUUGGUUAGUUAGAAAUACUCUUCGGCGACUGGUCAAUAGAGACUGA